AUGACAGUGACGCUGCAUCUCGACACAUCUCAGGUGCCCCUCCCGGGCAGUAUGCUCGACAACGCAACCGCUAGACAUAGCGAGACCAAGACUGCAUCUAUCAACGAAGUCCAAGCCAUUUAUAAUAGGCUUGUGGUGGCAGAGAACGAACGCUACAAGGCCAUCCCCACCCAAUAUUCUCAACCGGACUCAGUGCUCAGUCAUGAGCAAUGGAAGGACAUUGUCGCGUGUCAUUAUACGCUUCUGUCGAACACUCUCGAGCAGCUCUUCUUCUACACAAAGUCUCUCUGUGUACGAGUUCCGUUCCUAGACGCUCGGGAUUCCCUUGCGGUGUUCUUCAAACAGAACAUGGACGAGGUCUCCGGAACGUCCGUGGUAAGCACAAAUUCGUACGGCUUCAAUGAGACUCCUGACAUCAAGCUGACGAACGAGGUGGCCGUAUCUCUUGACCCGAGUCGCGUAGAUGACGGAACCGAGAUACUUGACCACCUGGAGUCCGAGGGCAUGAUACAUUUGGCCUUGGCAGUCGAUCUAGAGGAUUCCGACAUGGUGAUGAUUGAUAUCAUGACUCCCGACGCGGACGAGCUCGGUUGUAUGGAGCAAGAGUCUCCAGUCGCCAUCGCCGUACCUCUCCACGACGAGGAGGUGACCGGAGCUAUGGAUAUCACCACUGUCUUCGUACGCGCUCACGGUCUUCUGUUCUCUGAGAAGGACCACAAUCAGUUCAUUGCCCAGUCGAAAAUCUUGACUAGACACCUUGCUGCAUCUGCUUGCCAGUGGACGGAGCAUGGAUACCACAUAUCCAUCGUCCUGCAUUGCGCUCUACUUGAGUACGGUAGCGAGAGCAACCCGAUCAUGAGGAUCAUCAAACAAGGACGUGGAGACGAAGGAGACAUGGCAGUCAGCGACACCCCAAACUUCGACGAGAGGCAAACCGUUCCAACUCAAAGAUUUAACGACGCGCUUGAGUUUAUUUCCCGUGCCCAUAGAGCUGUGUUUGGCCUCCCUGGCGAUGAGAUGGCGUACCCCUACCUGCAUGUCACCCUGGUGUUCUUGCACCACAUGUCACAGUUCCCCGACGCGAUGGCCUAUAUCGAGGAGAAGAUGCCCUGGAAGAGGAUCUCCUUAUGUCUUAAUAGCGCCAUGAAAUCAUGUUCAUC